ACAUCGAUCGUCAAAGGCUCUCCGCACCGCUCCCCGCACACGCCCUCUAAGAGGCCAAAGGAUCUUUCAGCCCUUUUUUCUUUCGCUACCACAGAUUGCAAGGUCCAACAUGGCAAUGGAAUCGCCACAAGCGACAGUACAAGGACUAAUCACGAUGGUGCCAGCGAUCGCAAGGGAGGGGCUAGAAGCCUUGGUGCGCAAGAACGCGAGCAAGAGGUUACUGGAUGCAGCAGCACAAGCAGCAGCAGCCCAAUGAAAAAGAGAAAGGUUCUCUCUUCACAAGCCCUCAGUGACGAUGCCGACGAGCCGUCCCUGACGCAUGCGGAUGCGCUUGAGCCCGAGCUCACCCCUGGCCCGCUAACGAGAAUGAGAGCCAAGGCUUGCGGCCCGCAUGAAAGGCGCGGUCUCGGAUGUGACGCAACCUAAAUCACAAGCUCCGUCCCCAGGUGUUCGUCCAAAUAUCUUAAAACGUUCCAAGUCCCCUCAUUCUCAAGGGCCCUCGCUCUUCGACAGCCUUGUAGGCGUGCAAACGUCACAAUCACCCUCGCCGUCGCAUUUUGCUUCUACCCCCGCAUCCCCAUCUGCAUGUUCGCGCGAUGGCAAAGGUCUCUCGUCGCCUUGUGAUGCUCAAGUGGUAUGUAAGUCGCAGUCAAAUUCGCAGGAAACCACAAUUUCUCGUUCCCAUCAAGCAGCUACGCGAUAUAACAGCGCAGCAGCUUCCAAACCUACGUCAGCAGCAACUGGAGGCCUGAGCGGAGCGAUCUCACGCGCAAAGACCUACGGUGCUCAGCGUAGCUUUCUCGUGGACGCGUCCAAUUGGUCUCAUGAAAGCUCCGGACUGCAUGAGCGGUUGCGCAAAAGUGGCGAGUUGCGUGUUGAGCUCGGCGAUGGGAGCCUUGCUUGUAUCAGUGAGAGGGGGGAAGAGAUGUUAAGUGUUGAUGCAGAGCAAGGCCAAACUUGGCGAUCGCGAUCCAAUUCGCCAUCAGGCGGCGUUAGGCGCUCACGUAGGGCAGGAGCCACUUCCUCAAAGGCAGCAGCGCUGGACUCCCUCCUCGGCCUCGACACCUCGCAGGCGAAACCAAAGGCGCGAGAGAGCUAUAAGGAUCUGCUCAAAAAGUGGGGAGAGGGAGAUCUGGAGGAGCAAGGAGCACAGGCUUUCAUGGAGUUAAAAUCUGUCACCUCGCUCCGCUCCGCAGGCGAGAAUCGUCGAUUCAACGAUGAGCUCGAAUAUCUUCUUUCUGGCCUCGACACAAGCGAACCGCGCUCCCUUUCAACACGGCAGAGCUCCUGUGCACUUAUCGUCGUUGAAAAGUGUUGCCCCUCACCAUUGCAACUUAGCUCUAAUGGCAAAGGAGUCAGUGGCAUCAGAUGUCACGAACACCAUGAUGCUGACGAAGAAGGGGAUGAGGGAAAAAAACAGGCCGAGUUGGAUGAAUCGAUGACCUUCUUGCGCAACUUGCAAGUCACGGACAACAUCCAGCGUCUCUACCGCGCUUUGCUUGCGUGCGGCUGCGCAGCACCGCUGACGAGCGACCUGCAUGAUCCGUCUGGUACGCUCGACGCCAUCUUUGCGUUGUACCUUGCUCGCCUCGUCGCUGCAGGAAGCGGAGCAGGUUCAAGUGCUACUGGUGGCGAAAAGGGCGAAAUAGGCGCUAGCAACGGAGGCCUCGCGGAAGACCUGCUGCGUACCUCCACUUCUCAUCGCGACCAUGGUCAUGCUUCGCUCUCUGAGGCAAACGGCCGCGUUUCAGAGCAUUUUGGUGGACCAUAUUCUCUUGAUCCACAUGACCACGCUACUCAGGAGCUGCACCUGUGCCAUGUGCUGAGCCGGAUGUUGCAGCUGACCGAGGAGCGCGACGCGCUCGCUGCGGAGGACACCGCCGUCCGUGCCUCCCGCGCCACACUUGUCGAGCAGAAUUCAGCAAAGGGCACGGCGGGCGGACCGGGCGGCAGUAGAAACCGAAAGCAAGGGAAUACACUGCGACUUGUACGAGAAGCCGUGCAGGCAUGUCGCUUCUCAUUUGCUUCUUCUCACCUUCAGCUGCAAGGCGUCCGAGAGGAUCUGCAGCGGCCAUCUACACGUGACCUGAUCUUUUUUACCCUCACGGAGCUCAUUCCAUGCUUGUCUCCCGAGGCGCUGCGGCUGCUCUCUUUUGGAGGCGAGGGCUCAGAGUUCGACUUCGCGCAGCCGGCUUCGCAGCAGAGCGAAGACUCUACGCAGUUGAUGUGCGCGCUCGAUUGCUUAAUCAAGGCUUACCGGGCUAACGUCCCAUUGUGCGAAUCGUCCGGCGCAUGUACAGCCUCGGCUGCGACUUCGUCGAUGCCCUACGGUGACCGCAGCUUCAGCUGCGGUAACACUGGCCGUGGCGGUGCCAAGUUCAAGACCGAUGUCACGUCCUCCAAUCUCCAUGUCAUGCAUGCCUGCCUCGUUUCGAUCCUCAGCCGCGUCUCAGACGUAGCGGGCUCGCUUGCCGCCAGGAAGAUACGGCGUAAGCUACAGCCUCUCGUUCCGCAUCUCCAGAAAAGCUUUUUAAAUGGCGCCAGUGCAUCCGAGCAGCACUCCGCGCAUUCAGGGGCGUUUAGCAUGCUGGUACAGCUCCUUGUCCUCUCGACGCAAGACAGUGCCGAAAAUUGCCAGGCCCUCGGCAGCGUCCCCUUUCUGGAAGCGUUGCUUGCACGAGCGGUUCCGGCGUCGAGACCCGCGAACAUCUCUGGCAAAACAUCAAGAGAGCUAGGCAAGGAGGGAGAGGACGCUGAAGAAAACGGCUUUGCAGAUGUCGAACAAAGAUGCUUGAUACUCAGCCUGCUCACGAACAUCCUCGAAGCUUGUCCUUCACAACGCGCCCUCAUCGCCGAUGCACCAAUUCUCGUUCACACCGGUCGCGAGCAGAACUUGCAUUCCAGUCCUGCACUCUCGAUUCUCGCCGCGGCGUAUAUGGACAGUUCAAGAAAUGCUCAAGAAGAGCAGACGGCAAAGGCUGCUGCAAUUGGAGUCUUCACUGGCUGCUUAUCCGUACUGCUUGCCCUGCUCCUCGUUGGUAGUGAGCAGCGCCGAGCAUCUUUCAUCGCAGCCGCAAAUGCUCGCCGAGGCGCCGCGGAGGCAAUGCAACAGCUCCUGGAGAGCCUCGAGGAUUUCGCGGCCGCGAACCGAGAGCUGCGACUUGCAGCUGAUCAGCAAGAAUUGCGAAAUACCACGGACGAGCAAAUGGACAAGAUCCAGUUGCUAGCAGAUCAACUGCGCAGCGAGUUUGGAAGCGUGUAAUUUAGUCAGAUGCGCUGCACUACAUGUCGUUGGGCCACAACGCCAUCGUGAAAUGAAAGUGCCGAACACUUGUCGCGCUGUCCGAAAUGCACAGAGCUCCUGCAGAGAGAGACUCAAUCUCUCGCCACUACACUGCAUGUAAUGCAGCGGUGCGCACAGCGGGCGAGAGGAAUUCCGUCUGCCUUUGUCACA